AUGUGUUUACAUCAUGAAGCAUUUUCAUCUUUUAAUAAAGAUCAUAAGGUUUUAUCAAUUUUAAGUAUGAUUCCUCGUUCACAUGUUUUAUCAUCAUUAGAAGCUGAUUUACAAGAAAUUCAACAAAAAAUUACAAAUAAUAAAGAAAUAGAAGAUGAUAUACAUGAUACAUGUUAUGUAUUUGAUAAAUAUGAAGAAGAAGAAGACGAAGUUGAUGAAUUAACAUGUAAACAUCAUAUUGAUGCUGAUGAACAAUGCAACUAUGACGAUCUUGUAUGUAUUUUAACCAAUAAACAAUACUAA